GCAACAUUACAUCGAAAGCUCCAUGCUCUUUGUUGCAAAAUGCUCACCACAACAUAAAGAAAAAGCUUUUCCCCACAAAACAUUUCCAAGUAGAAGCCGACUCAGACAGAGGUGUUGGUGUGUGUCCAAGUGUUGGCUUCAAACGAAACAAACAAUAACAUCAGGAGCAAGAGUUACUUAUGUAUAUUCAUUGUCAGCACCACCACCACCAUCGCCACCUCACCACCUCACUACCACAGUGAGGUGAGGGCGACGACUGUUGCCUGCCAUACAUCCAGCCAUCCGUAUGGCUGGCUGUAUAUGAAGAAAAUUUUCAAUUGUGCUUUUUUAGUCUUCCGUGUAGUCCUUUUGAGUCAUGUCGUUUCUUAUCAGUUGUCCCGUCGUUUAUUGAGUACCAACCAAAAGCAGCAACAACAACAACAACCACACCAGCAAAAAAAAGACGGUGCAAAUAUUUAGUUUUUCAUUGUUAUCAAGUGAACUUGUGUGUGUCUGUAUUAGCGAGUGUCCAGUGAAAGUGGCAAAGAUUUUUUUUGUUAAACAAAAUAAUUUCAUCCCAAAAAAAUUUGCAAUCAAAAUAGUGAAUUCAAUUGAAAUCCUUGUAAGAAAAAAAUAAUCAAAAAUCCCUCUUUUUAAGCUGUUCAAACAAAGAGCUCCCUCCGUAACAUCGCCUUCCUCCGUUAGGGUGUAACAAAUAGCCAAGACAAAAAAAAUCUGUAAUGUGUGCCUUUAUCUACAAAAUGCCUGCGACACAAUAACUCAGUUUUUGCCGUCUGUCGUUUCGAUGUCUGCUCCUCCUCGUCGUCGUCAUUGUCGUUCCCUGCUUUUUUACAUAAACCAAAAUUGAAUUAACAAAAAACAAAAAAAAGCAAAAAGUUAGCAACAAAGAAAGCCGAAACAUAAAUCAAAAUGUUAAUUCGUAUGGUUUGAUAUUUGAUAAUAGAGGACGUCAAUUCUUUUGUUUGUUUCUUGUCUUGAAAGUCAAUUUGCUCGGCUCGCAAAGAGGAACAUUUGUGUUAGUGUGUGUGUGUAUUUGUGCAUAAAUAUCCAGGCAUCCUACCAACCAACCAAACCAACCACCCACCCACCUACCAACCUAAACCAACCAACCAACCCACCCACCAAACAAACCAGCAUCCAUUUAACCGCCCACCCACCAUCUGCCGCCAAACAAAGCAACAACAAAAAACCCACCCAACCAACCAACUCUUUAAGAGAAACGGCUACGUCAACGUCGACAAAAUAUUUAAAUCGACACGAAAAACCGCAAACACAUUAUCGGGGUAUACAAAAAUCGCACAACUAACCAGACAAAACCAACAAACUAACCAAAUCAAAGAACAAACCACCAACAUCCUUUCACAACAACAAACGAAUCAAAGGAAAAUAAUACAACUAAAACAAAAAAAACACGCGACAGGAAUACAAUCAUUUUACGGGAAUAAUGCCUUGGAUAUGAGGGGGGUGCUGCCCAGAGACAUCAGCCAGCCAGCCAGGUUUUUAUUGUUGUGGUGGACAACGGAACAGUUAAAGGUAUAAUGAACAGUAAUAGCCUACAACAAUGGUGGGAGAACACAUAUCAUCACCACUUGAACCAACAGCAGCAACAACAACUGGCGUUUGAUGCCAGCCUAUUCCGGACCCAGUUUCCGGAUUACUAUUACAGCUCGACAUUGAGUUCGCAAAUAUUCGAUGAUUCGCAGGAUUUUAUCAAUCAUGCAGCUUUACAACAACAACAGCAACAAGAUUCCUUUGAAAAUUCGAAUGGUGGUGGCCCCGGUGCCGGGGUCUUUGACAGCUAUGAAAACUUGACAUUUAUAAGCCCCUAUGAUGGAGAUCGCGAUGAAAACUCAAUACCCUCCCUAACAUUGUUAUUCAUGGCAAUUUCCUAUGGACUUGUGGUAUUUGGUGGAGUUCUGGGCAACGCCACACUGCUGCUGACCCUAUGCUCUGCUUCAUCGGUGAGACUGCGAAAUCCUCUACUGCUGGCCGUGUGCAUUGCAGAUUUACUGGUAACCGGGAUAUCGGCACCGGUAACGCUGCUCAAUCUGGCCAUGAAUCGGAAGACGAGAACUCUGCCAUUGCAGCUGUGUAAAGUUAUUGAUUUUAUACAGGCCACACCAGUUGCUGCCAGUACUUUGUCAUUCUUUCUACUUUCACUGGAUCGUUAUGCAACCGUAAAACAUCCUCGUCUGGCUCAACUACGUCAACGUCGUUAUUUGCACGUUUCCUUGGCGAUUUUCUCGUGGAUGACAUCAACCAUUGUUAGUGUUCCAUUUUUAUUUAUCUAUAAAAUUGUUGCAAACACAGUUGUUAUUAAGACACCAUUGCCAACAACGUCACCGUGGUCGGCAUUAACAUCAACAUCCUCAUCAUCGUCGUCGUCUUCGCUGUUGGCAUCCGAAAUGACAACCAUCCCCACUCCAACGGCCAUUUCCGCUGGGGAAUUUCCCAACGUUAGCAUAAGUUGCCAUUCGGAUCCUGCUGCCAAUCCUGUAUUUGUUGUUUUCAUUUUGAUACAUACCUUUAUUGUUUUCAUUUUGCCCGGUGUCGGGGUGCUCCUGAAUCAUUAUGGUGUUCGAAGGAAAUUAUGUGCACUGUCGCUGACAGCUCGUGCAGCACACGGUGAACUGCCACUUCCGAUGCCAAUAUUAAGACGUCAAACCCACAUGGUGAUUGUAACGGGAGUUGCCAAUGCCCAUCAGGCGGCGGGCUGUGGUGGUGCCACAGAUGACACAUCGAAUGGUGGUGGCGACAUACAAAUGCAAAAUCUAAAUCCCCGCAGUAGUAUACCACCAACGACGCGGCAUUUCAUCAAAUCAAAGAAUCCCAUAUCGCCAAGGGCAAUGCGUGAAAUUCGUGAACACUCGCAGAGGCAGAGGAUGCAUCGUUCAUCAACACGGGGUCGGCGUGUAGCUACACCGGGCAUACCCUUGCCACAAACCUCCACGCUGCGCUCAAGACGCCAUUUAGCCAACAUGCUAAUUGGUUCCGCAUUAAUAUUCAUUAUAUGCUGGACGCCGCAUGUCUUUUGUGUCAUCUAUCGGAUUAUGGGCUACAAGGAACAUUGUUCGAAAUCAUCGCGAUAUUUUAAUUUACUCUUGGGUUAUUUAUACUCCGCCCUGAGUCCCAUCAUUUAUUGGGCACUCAAUCACAACAGUCUGCGACAAUCACCAUGCGCUCCGCUCAUACGUUUGCGUUCAAUGCAGAAAUUCCUAAGGACACGUUUUCGUUCGAAUCCCGUUCCCCCGCCCCCAUCGUCAACCAACGAGGCUCAAUUGGGUGCAUUUAAUCCGAAAUUAAUAAAACUAACACCAAAACAAUAUCGGGCUCAGGCUUCAUCGCAUUAUCUGUACUAAUAACUACGAAAGUGGCAACGAUGAAAAAAUUAAACCGAAUUUGUUUUUGCCAACGUAUUAAAUUUAAAAGAAACAAAAAUGUAGUAGCUCUUCUUCUUCUUUUUCUACUUUUCAAAAUUUCUCUGUAUCCUUUUUUCCUGAGAAAAAAACAAAAACUAUAUGAAAUGUAUAUCCCUGAACCAGUUUCUCUAUUUCUGUUUAGUGAGUGUGUACUUUCUCCUCAGUAGAUAAAAGUUACACUUAAGCCUAUGUGGGGAUUAAGGGAAAAAAUCUCCAAAAAUAUUAAUUGUUUAUAAAAGUGGUGCCAAGUAAACAGCAGAUUCUCGAUAUUCUAAACCAUGGUUCAAUCAAUAGGUAAUAAACGCAGCACGUCCUCAGAUGAUCGUUGAAAAAAUAUUUUUAAAUAUCCACGUCCUCUGAUGGUCGUUGAAAAAAUAUUUUUAAAAAAUACACGUCCUCUGAUGGUGGUUGAAAAAAUAUUUUUGA